AUGGGUCUUAGUGAACGUGUGAUUUUAGUGAUUUCCGUGGAAGUCUGCGCCACUUUCACUGUUGACUGUGAAAACAACACCCCGAGUGAAUGCGAUCAGCGUGGAGGUGGUCCUCCGACUCCCAGAGUGCGUGGAGGUGGUCCUCGGACUGCCAGAGUGCGUGGAGGUGGUCCUCGGACUGCCAGAGUGCGUGGAGGUGGUCCUCGGACUGCCAGAGUGCGUGGAGGUGGUCCUCGGACUGCCAGAGUGCGUGGAGGUGGUCCUCCGACUGCCAGAGUGCGUGGAGGUGGUCCUCCGACUGCCAGAGUGCGUGGAGGUGGUCCUACGACUGCCAGAGUGCGUCGAGGUGGUCCUCCGACAGCGAGAGAGCGUCUAGGUGGCCCACGGACUACCAGACAGCGUCUAGGUGGCCCACGGACUACCAGACAGCGUCUAGGUGGCCCACGGACUACCAGACAGCGUCUAGGUGGCCCACGGACUACCAGACAUCAUCUAGGUGGCCCACGGACUACCAGACAUCAUCUAGGGGGCCCACGGACUACCAGACAAUAUCUAGGUGGCCCACGGACUACCAGACAACAUCUAGGUGGCCCACGGACUACCAGACAUCAUCUAGGUGGCCCAUGGACUACCAGACAACAUCUAGGGGGCCCACGGACUACCAGUCAACAUCUAGGGGGCCCACGGGCUACCAGACAACAUCUAGGGGACCCACGGACUACCAGUCAACAUCUAGGGGGCCCACGGACUACCAGACAACAUCUAGGGGGCCCACGGACUACCAGACAACAUCUAGGAGGCCCCACGGACUACCAGACAACAUCUAGGGGGCCCACGGACUACCAGACAACAUCUAGGGGGCCCACGGACUAUCAGACAGCGUCUAGGUGGCCCUCGGACUACCAGACAACAUCUAGGGGGCCCACGGACUAUCAGACAGCGUCUAGGUGGCCCUCGGACUACCAGACAACAUCUAGGGGGCCCACGGACUACCAGACAAUAUCUAGGGGGCCCUCGGACUACCAGACAACAUCUAGGGGGCCCACGGACUACCAGACAUCAUCUAGGGGGCCCACGGACUACCAGACAACAUCUAGGGGGCCCACGGACUACCAGACAACAUCUAGGGGGCCCUCGGACUACCAGACAACAUCUAGGGGGCCCACGGACUACCAGACAUCAUCUAGGUGGCUCACGGACUACCAGACAACAUCUAGGGGGCCCACGGACUACCAGACAACAUCUAGGUAG